GCCAACUUGGGAGAAGAGCUUAUAUCACCCUUUAAAUUUGCACAAAUCCUUUUCAGACUCUGACUUACGUGAUCCCUUUGGCUCAAGUGUAUCUGAUGGGUUUGACAGAGAAUUAGUGUUUGAAGGAAAUGGUAGUGAAACUGGAUCAUCUGCAUUUGCUAAGGAACAGAUUGAAAAAAUGUGGGAUGGGUUCUCUGUGGAAGACUACAUCUCCAGCACCAAACACAGCUCACCAAGCUCACCAGCCUUCAGAGUGACGUGGAAGAAACAGAAAACAUGGUCACCAAAAGUUACUGUGCCCAAGCCCUUCCAGAUGACUGUUAGAGAAGCUAGGAAAAAAGAACAGAAUGUCAAAUCAAAGUCACAGAUUGAAAUGGAAAAUAGCUUGUUGAAGAAACAACUAGAGGAAGAAGCAGAGUGUCAGAAAAAAUUCCGAGCCAAUCCAGUGCCUGCUGCUGUUUUCCUUCCAUUCUACCAUGAAAUCAUGCAAGAAAACGAAGAACGCAGGAAGUCUGUGAAAGAGAGAAGCAAACUCAAGCUUUUGGCUUCUCAGAAGCCCUUUAGAUUCACUGAAAGAGAGAAGCAAAGGAAUGAAAUUAGGAAAAUGCAAUUAAGAGACCUUUCUGCACCUAAAAAGAAAACAAAGCUGUUCAAAGCAAAACCAGUUCCUAAAUGUGUUUAUGAUCCAGCUGUUAGUGACAAGCUAAAGGAGGAAGAGCUCUACAGAGAAAUCAGGAUCAGGAUGAGAGCUGAAGAGUUGCUACGUAAUUCAUCUCUACCCAACAGCAGACUGGCUUUGAGAGGUACCAAUAAAAAGGAGAAACAUAAGUGUGCUGAACCAAAGGAAACAGGACAUAAACCCAAGAUUAAGUCAAGUGUUCCAAAUUUUGAACUACUACACCAGAAAUUUCAGAAACGGCUCCUGCAACAAAAACAAGUGAAACACCUUACAGUUUGUGAACCCUUUGAUCUUCGUACUCCAUGUAUUCCCUCAAACAAGGGGAGGAUUUUGAAGGACAUUCAAGAGGAUGAAGAAAAGUUGAAAGAAACGCGCUGGCCAUAUGCCUCUCCAAGAUGCAAACCUCAAAUGAAACAUUCAAGUGCAAAUUCACAUCUCUCAGGAUUUGGAGAAUCUAAAUCACCAAAAAUGACAGAAUCCACAAGACGACGGCUACAAGCCACAAGGAAUUCACUUGAGGAAAAGAGAAAGCUGGAAGAACAACAAAAAAGGAACAGAACAAAGCAGAAACAAAGAAUGAAAAAACUCCAGAAAAUUGUAACAGCUCGUGCUGAGGCCAAUGACCCACAUCAGAGCCUAGCUCAGAUGUCCAAAUCCAAAUUUAAAACAUUCAGGAGUUAUGAGAAGCAGAGAAUGCAAGAGUAUUUGCAAGAGUUGCAAGAAAUGGAAGAAAGAGUAAAACAAAGGCCGUUGCUUUUUGAAAGAGUUGCUCAGAAAAAUGCCAGAAUAGCUGCAGAAAAGCAUUAUGCUAACAGACUGAGAGUGCUGGGGAUAUGCCCAGAGUUUGUUUCAAAGAAAAGACAAGCAACUAAAUUGCUCCAGUGCUCCAGUGCUGAAGAUUUUAAAACCUCCACUGAUGCCAGAGAAAGAAUCAUCAAGGAUAAAGUGAAAAAAAGGGAAUCCUUUGAGGAAGCAGCUGAAAGCAGUCCUUCGUCUGAGUGGUCCUGGGAGGAGGAGGACAGAGAGAAGAGAAAAAGUGUCAAAACCUCCACCCCGAAUGGGCAGUCCAGUGAGCUGGAGGAUGAGCAAGAGGCAACAGCCAGCCGUUAUGCUCAUCAGCCUUACUUGAUCCAGCCCCACUCUGACCAGCACCGUGAAGAGGAGGAGGAAGAGGAAGCAAAGGCAGGCCUGUCGCUUGGCCAUUCACAGGAGGAGGAGGAUGAUCAGUCAAGACCCAGCUCUCCAUCUGACCAGUCCCAUGAGCGUGAAGAGGAAGGAAAGUCUGACCCUGAAGCUGAGGGUGCCUUCGGAUAUGAGGAUGCGGAGUAUGAAAAAGAUGAUUCAAAAGAGAAACCCAGCUAUGAUGAAACUGACUGA